CUGCCGACGCCUCCGUCGCCCCCUCCCUUGCUGUCGACAGAGGAGCAUGAGGGGCGUUGGUCGGAGGCGUAUGUAGCGAAGGAAGAACGGGGACCCUCCUACGAGGUGGCUGGGACCCACAACGGUGGCGGCGAGGCAGCAGGCUGUUUGCGUUGUCGGCGGUGGCACAAGGGGCAACGGUUGCCUCUCGCCUGGGAAGAGGUGAGGCGGGCGAUGGGGAAGGGCGGGCCUCAUGGCGGCAGGGAAGCGAGCGGAAGCGGAGGUGACAGACAGGGAAGCACAGGCGAGGCCGGCGGGGAAGCGAUGGCAGCGCGUCGUUCCUUGACCGGAGAGACGAAAAAGGAUGUCAUGGUGGGCGCGGUCCCUGGUGAACUCUCUGCGGGGCGGCGACGACGAAGACGACGAAUCGGAGGAAUUCGAGGAGGAAAAAGCAGCAGCGAGGAAUGAGAAAUCCCGCGUCGGAUCCCCAUCAAUAGCGCAAGAACAAGGGCAAAUAGAAGAAGAAGAAGACGAAGAGGAGGGGGAAACGCCGACGCGGGGCGUUAAAGAUGACCUCUCCGAGCUCACUGAGACCCUCACCCGCCAGUUCUGGGGCGUCGCCUCCUUCCUCGCCCCCGCCCCUCCCGGGCCCGACCACGGCGAUCGGGCGCUCGCCGGGCAGCCCGGUGAGGUUGACCUCCCGCCGCCGGCUGCGGAUUCGCCGAGGAUCGCAGGAAUCCGCAGCGAUUUUGCGGAGAUCGGCGGGAAGUUUAAGAGUGGGAUCUCGCAGGUGCUGUCACAAUCCAAGGCCGUGACGGAGAUUUCUAAGUUCGCGUCUUCCCUUUUGCCGUUUGGAUCGGACGAAGAGGAGUUGGAUGAGGAUGAGGAGAAUGAUGGGGUUGGAGUUGAUCCUGUUGGUGUUAAUGAGCAAGUUUUGGCUUUUGCAAGGAAUAUUGCCAAUCAUCCGGAGACUUGGCUGGAUUUCCCUUUGCCCCAUUAUGAAGAUGACUUUGAUGAUUUUGAAAUGUCAGAUGCCCAGCUAAAACAUGCCUCGAUGGUUGAACUUCAUGCACCCGAAUUUGCAGUUCUGAAGACUGAGCUUUGCCCUAGUCAAAUGAGCGAAGGGUAUUUCUGGAAGAUCUAUUUUGUGCUUCUGCAUUCUAGACUCAAUAGGCGUGAUGCUGAACUCCUGUCUACGCCUCAGAUUGUUGAAGCUAGAGCCAGGCUUCUACAAGAUAUGCACAGCCAGACAAAACCGAUAUCUGAGAGGCUAUGGAUAGAAGCAUCUCGUAGUAAAGAUGAUGUAACAACGAUUCCCAUUGAAGAGAAUGUCAUGGGACCUCUGGAUGCUGUUAAUGUCACUUCCGCACCCGCAACACUUCCAUGUGAAGAACCAGCUUCUGAUUCUAUGAAAGACAUUGAGAUACCCUCUGAUGCCAUGGAAGAAGUCGAGACUGAAAAGCAUCCUGUCCAAACUACCGAGGUAAAAGUUGUUGACAAAGCGGUUGUAGAAGAAGGGCCAGCAAGUAAGAAUAUAUCCAGCUUGACAUCUAAAGACGCCACUCCGAUGAAGUACGAGGACGGUGACGAGUGGUUGGAGGAUGACAGUGGUGAAACUAGUAGCGCAAGGGGUGUGGCUAUUCCUUUAGGGCAAGAAGAGGAUGUAUCCUUCAGUGAUCUGGAGGAUGUCGAUGAUGAUCAAGGUCCAACUCGAAGCUCAAAAACAGUUUCAGUGGAUUCUCAAACAACAGAUUCUACAGGCUUGGUUCGGCCAAACAAAGUUUCUGGGGGUUCAGUAAAAGGCAGCAACUCCACCAGCCCAAAGUCGGAGGAAUAUAACAAUUGGAUGGACAUUGAAGAUUUUGAUGUGGAAUGACACAAGGAACUGAUCCUUGUGGAGUUGGUGCUAUGAAGAAUCAGCUCUCUAUCUUUUAUACCGAGAUCCUGACUUUAUCUCCAAGUGUUCAUGAUCUAGUAGUGUUCUGUACAUAGUCUCAGCAUUGCCCAGUGUCUUUGAACUAGGAUUUACAUAAGAUCACUCUAUUUCGAGCUCUGAUAACUUGUGGAUUGCUUUGAUCAUGCAAGAAUUGUGGAAAGAAAAGAGAAAUACUAGUGGGAGAAUAA